UCAGUUUUUUCGGGGGAACUGCUUUCAUAUUUAUGUCUCGGAUGACAUAUGGUAGCCUAUAUAACCGUGCCACCCCCCUCUAUAGUUAGUGUGAGGGCGUGCAGGUUGAUGAGGGCGUCUCCCUGUCACCCAGUUAAGAGUUUGGGUGCCCGCUGAUGUCAGGAGACAGUGAUCCGCGCUGAGGAGGGGCGGGCGCUGCCAACAUGUGACAGAGAGCAGUCGGCUUGUUUCUUUACACCCAUCUGACCAUUCAAGAGCUCAGGAGAGUGAAAAGACGCGGGGCAGCUGGAGGAGCGGGUCGGACUAUAACCCGGGAGUUGCUCACACCAAGUUCUGCUUUUGCUGUAAAGAAAACAACAACAACAACAACAACAACACCAACAAAAUGGCAAGUUCUGCCUCUCUUGAGACUGUGAUGUCUUGCGGUAGGACCGGACCGUCCGCGGCUCCCAAGACCCUGGCCUUCUCCAUAGACCGGAUCAUGUCCAAGAGCUCGGAACCGAAGGGGAGCUCGGAGGAGCGGUCAGAGGGGAAGAAGCUGCUGGGGCUGUGCUCCCCGAUCCCCUGCAUGAUUCCACUGCAGCCCUUCAGCUACGACCUCCAAGCCAAGGCGCUGAUGAACUACUCGGAGCUGUGGAGAGCCAGUUUCAGGGGGACUUUUUGCGGAUCCGCAGCCGCGCCAUGUAAAGGGAACUGCGGCGUGUGCGGCAAAGCGGAGCCGGGACUGAAGCAGCCGCUGCUGACGCCGGGCAGCAGGGUGGUGAAACCGCAGGUGAUCCACCAGGCCUUGGCCGUGCCCAGCAGCGGCUCACUCUACUAUCUCAACUAUCUGGACACUGCGUACCAACAAUCGGAGCUGCUAGCCGGACACUGGUUCUCCAGCCCGCAGGCCCAGGCCUCUCUGUCGGCGCACCACAGACUCUUGCUGCUGGAGAACGCCAAGCUGGCCGGGGUUGGGACAGAGAAACUGCCAACACCUCAGUACCCACACAAAGAACAUCUGCCGGGGCAGCUGGACCAGAUAGUGAAGGACAACCACGGCCUGAGCGCAGAGAAGAACGGCGUCAAGACGCACAGCAAACUCGGCAGCGGCGCGGCAGACGGAAAACCUAAAAACUUCACGUGUGAAGUGUGUGGAAAGGUUUUUAACGCCCAUUACAAUCUGACCAGACACAUGCCGGUGCACACCGGGGCCCGGCCCUUCGUGUGUAAAGUGUGCGGGAAAGGGUUCCGUCAGGCCAGCACGCUGUGCAGACACAAGAUCAUCCACACGCAGGAAAAGCCUCAUAAAUGCAACCAGUGUGGUAAAGCGUUUAACAGAAGCUCCACGCUCAACACUCACGUACGGAUCCACGCCGGAUACAAACCUUUCGUCUGUGAGUUCUGCGGGAAAGGCUUCCACCAGAAAGGAAACUACAAGAACCACAAGCUGACACACAGCGGGGAGAAGCAGUACAAAUGCUCCAUCUGCAACAAGGCCUUCCACCAGAUCUACAACCUGACCUUCCACAUGCAUACGCACAACGACAAGAAGCCCUUCACCUGCGCCACAUGCGGCAAAGGCUUCUGCCGCAACUUCGACCUGAAGAAACACAUCAGGAAGCUGCACGACAACAGCUUCUCCUCGGCCACAGAGGCCUCCAGAGAGCUGCAGAGCUGAGCCGCGCUGCCGUUCCCCUCCUUUCAUUACUCCACCUCAGACUGUGAGAGGCCUCAAAAAAAGACUGCUCCUGCAUUUGUAGCCAUGCUGAAGAGUUUUCCUUCAGUUAGGAAUAAAGAACAGGCCAGAACAACAUCAUACACUUAACACUUGGUCCCAUACUGUAGGAACAUUAUAGGGAUUUCUCUGUCCAGUUAGAACUUCUUCCUGAGUGGCCGUUACAAGCAUCACACAGGGAGAACUGAUCUGUCUCCAUGAUGGAACUGUAAAUAAUAGGUUAUGGAAAUAAAAAAAAAAAUGUUAUUUAAAAUGUGAAUUGUCUGGGGAGCACCUUCGUAUGUUGUGCAUUUCACAGAAAAAAUGUUAAUGUGAAUAAAUAAGUUAUAACUUAUAAUGAAAACUGAAUGUUUGAGCCAUGUUGUUUCCAUUUUUUUGAAGGCAUUUGAAAAUAAAACUGAAGGAUAUGAUGAAAGUUGUUUUUGGAGUAAGUUUAUUUGUAUUUGUCUAUGUGUGUGGUUUAGUUGACUGCUGUGGUCCUGAGGUGCAGAACACUCUAAACAAAUCAACAAAUAACACUUGGCUGAAAAAGAAAAAAUGCAAUUUAAAUGAAAUAAAAAGGAAAGUGC